AUGUAUGCCAUUCAUGCUCCGUCACUGAUCAGGGUGCAUGGGCAACCGCCGCUAUGCAUUGUAUCGAAGCAUCAUCCAGGCUAUUCUCAAGCGGUCGGCCAACGAAGUGAGGCCCGCAGACGAAAGAUAAGCCGGACGGUUCUCGUCGCAUGCUACACCGCCUACGAGAUCAUUUCCACGGGCUGGGACCGGCCGCAAUCCGGGCUCUUCCAAGGGUUGGAUGAAAAGUUCAUCAAGACCUCCCCACUGUCCCGAGUGUACACGGAAGUUUGGCUGUCCGCGUACUACCAGAACUACCUACAUCUGCCACAGGAGGCGCCGGGACUCUUUGCUUUGAUCUAUCCGGUUGAUCCAGAUACGAAGAUGCCCUUUACCUCUGUCCAAGAUUUAGGACGACUGGUGCUCAAGAUUGCCCACGAUCCGUCGCCCUUCCAGUCCAAGACGAUUUCGCUGGUCAGCGAGUUUACCACGCCCGUCGACCAGUUACGGGCAUGGGAGAAAGGCGAGUUCUGGUUGCCAGACUCAGUCCCAAUAACGAGGGGCGUGCAAACUCGGUUUGAAAGUCUCUCCCUGCAAGACUUUCAGCGGCGAUUGGAAAAAGUUCACGGGUUUGACCCCAAGUUUGCGCUGACUAUGGCCGAGAAUAUGGCUAUUUAUCAAGAUAAUCCCAACAUGUGGGUGGAUGGAAGCGGUAUUAAAAUGUCUGAUAUCUUUUCCGACCUAGUUACUUGGGAGACAUAUUGAAGCAGGAGGAUUGGUCGUCAUUCCAAACUACCAUGUAAAGCACAAAAUGCAUUUGGCUUGUGAAAAGAUGGGGAAUUGGCACUGCAGAUCUUGAUGAUGUCAAGGAACCUAUCCAAUUGUGUCAUGGACACUUGGGUUUAUUCAUCUACAAGGGAAGCCGCUUGGUAGCCUGUACAGUAACC